UUAAUUUUACAAAACAGUGCAAAUGUUACUGUUUCUUUAGAAAGUAUGGAGCAAAAUUUCUCAGCGACGGACGAGAUAGCUAAAUUCAGAAUUGGAGAGGAUUUAAAAGCUGAUGUAGAGAGUAUAGAUAUAGAUGAGACAAGUGAAUUACAGGACAUAGAUGAUGUUCAUGAUGAUGAUAAGGAUGAGGCAGAAAGGGACACGUGGGGCGGUGAAUUCGAGUUUAUGUUGUCGCUUGUAGGAUACACUGUUGGGCUGGGAAAUAUCUGGCGUUUUCCGUAUUUUUGUUACCGAAAUGGUGGAGGAUGUGCAAUUAUUCCUUUUAUCCUUUUCUUGACAAUAUGUGGGGGACCGUUGUAUUACCUUGAAGUAUGCCUUGGCCAAUGGUCGGGGAUGUCUCCCAUCACAGUUUGGAAUAUAUGUCCGCUUUUCAAAGGCGUUGGGUUGGUCAUGGUCUCUUUAUCCCUGAUUUACAUUUGGUAUUAUGGAGCGGCCUUUAGCUGGGUGAUUUACUUCCUCAUCCAGUCGUUCUACCCAACACUUCCAUGGAGCCGAUGUGGACAAAGCUGGAACACUGAGUUAUGCAUUGACUCGACAACAAAUACCACUGACAAAAUGCUUAACAUGACAAACAAUGGUUUGAGUGUUACAUCUAUCACAUUCAGAUCGGCCUCAACGGAAUUCUUUGAGCGGAAUGUUCUUCAAAAGUCAUCUGGAAUAGACGUCAUUGGUUCAAUCCAACCUCAUCUAAUUGGCUGUUUCAUUCUCGGAUGGCUUUUAGUUUUCUUGUGUCUGGCCAAAGGUGUUAAAUCACUUGGAAAGGUAGUUUACGUUACAGUAACAUUGCCAUACAUUCUUCUAACAGCUUUGUUAAUACGCGGUGUGACGUUGGACGGGGCUUGGAAUGGACUUCAACUUUAUCUAAUUCCAGAUUUCAGUAGACUUAUACAUGGACAGGUUUGGAUCGAAGCUGCGGUGCAAUGUUUCUUCUCACUUGGACCGGCUUGGGGAGGCGCUAUCACCAUGGCAAGUUUUAACAAGUUCAACCAUAACGCAUUAAGGGAUUCGGUCGUUGUUUGUAUAGCUGACGCCUUUACAGGAAUAUACAGUGGGGUGGUGGUGUUUUCUGUUAUAGGCUUCCUUUCAAAAGAAACUGGCACAUCGAUUGACGAACUUCCUUUCUCAGGGGCAGGUUUAGCUUUUAUAGCAUACCCGGAAGCUCUGAGCCGCCUGCCUGUACCACAUGCAUGGUCCAUCUUGUUCUUUUUAACCCUUGUACUGGUCGGCAUAGAUACACAGUUCGGAUGUUUUGAGACAGUGACGAAUGCCUUUAUAGAUCUAAACUACAAAAAGCUACAUAAAUACAGGCUCUUAAUUUCUGCAGGGCUGGUAAUAUUCCUCAUAAUAUCAGGAAUUCCUCUCACCACAUCGGCUGGAUACUAUAUCUUCAUGCUCAUUGACUCUUACAUGGGUACUUUCAAUCUGGUAGGAACUGCUCUCCUUGAAUGUAUUGUUGUAGCUUGGAUUUAUGGGGCUAAUCGCUUCUCAGAUGAUAUAGAGACGAUGUUAGGAAAACGACCCAAUAUACUCCUCCGUCUUAUCUGGUGUUUUGUCAUUCCUUUAUUUCUUCUGGGAAUUUUUAUACCGACAAUCGUUUCCUAUACCACACCAACAUUGGGUAGCUAUGAGUACCCAAUUCAUGCACAAACUAUUGGCAAUUUGUUUGCCUUUGUACCAAUAAGUUUGAUCCCGAUAGUCGCCGUAUAUCAAGUUAUACAACAGAGCUGUUCAGGAAGAAAUAUUAAGGAUCUUUUGAAACCUGCUGUAUAUUGGGAGCCACACGAUUCAAAAAUAGGACGAAUCUAUAGAAAAACACCAUAUGUAUACGGAUCUAACUUCCGGGAAAGAUUGUUAAAUAACAUUCUCGGCAUCAACACUAGCACAUGAAACCCUUUGAAAAACAUUUUUAUAUUUCUAUAUUCUUUUAUAACAUUAAAGUAUGAUUAUGCCC